AUGUCUGUUGUAGACUUUGAAAUAACUGAGGAGAAAGCACUUUUAAAUGACAGCAUUGAGAAAGAGAGAAAUAUAAGACAGAUUGGUUACCUCUCUUCAUCACACUGUGUGGGGAAAGCUCGGGUUGGAAUCUGUUGGCUCCUGGUGGAGCUGUGCGAGAGGUUCACUUUCUUCGAAGUCGUCUGCAAUAUGAUCCCUUUCUGCACGGUCAAGCUUGGCCACCGCAGUCACCAGGCAGCCAUUCUGAACUUGUGUUUUAUCGGAGCUUCGAUCCUUAGCCCUGUGUCUGCAGGGUGGUUUGCUGAUAUCUGUCUGGGAAGAAACAGACUGGCAUAUGUUUGCUUAUGUCUACAUUUUCUAGGCACUGCUCUGUUGUCUGUGGUUGCCUUUCCUUUGGAAGAUUUCUAUGUAGGUGGUCACCAUAUGACCAACCGCAUACCAAAACAGGAGCAGAGCCGGCUGUUUUACGUAGCUCUGCUGGCCCUCUGCCUCGGCUCGGGAGGAGUAAGAGCCAUCGUUUGUCCACUGGGCGCUUACAGCCUCCAGGAGCCUGGAUCACAGAAACGAGUGUCUUUCUGUAACUGGUUUUAUUGGAUCAUGAACCUAAAUGUGACUGUUGUCUUUCUGGGAAUAUCUUACAUUCAGCACUCAGGGGCUUGGGUCCUGGUUUUACUUAUUCCUUUUAUGUCUACACUUAUGGCUCUGAUAACUCUUCAUAUGAUGCAUUGUAACCUGAUUUAUCAGCCAGAAAAAUGUUGCUCCCUCCUGACAACAUUUGGGGUGUUUGUUAAUGCACUGAAAACAUGCUGUCUACGAUAUUGCCAUCUUCGUGGAGAUUUGACGAGCUGGUUAGACCAUGCUAAGAAAAAAAAUGGUGGCUGCUACAGUGAGCUGCAAGUGGAAGAGACAAAAUGUUUCCUCACCCUUCUCCCUCUCAUCAUUUUUCAGCUUCUUUACAAAAUGUGCAUAAUGCAGAUUCCUUCAGGAUAUUAUCUGCAGACCAUGAAUUCCAACCUGAAUUUGGAUGGAUUUCUUCUGCCAAUUGCAGUCAUGAAUGUCACCAGCAUCCUGCCACUAUUAAUUCUGGCUCCUUGUAUGGAAUAUUUCAGCACCUGCCUAUUUCACUCUAAGAGAGAUGGAUCAUUUCUGUUGGCAUGCAUUUUGGCUGGACAACUUUCUGCUGCAUUGUCUGUGAUGGUAGCUGGCUUCUUUGAAAUACACAGAAAACACUUCCCUCCAGUGGAGCAGCUUCGUUCAGGCAAAAUUCUCACCGUUUCCUCCAUGCCCUGUUUCCACCUGGUUCUUCAGUACGUUUUACUUGGAGUGGCUGAAACACUGGUUAACCCAGCCUUCUCUAUAAUAUCAUACAGAUUUGUUCCAAGUACCAUCAGAGGAACCUUGAUGAAUUUUUCGACCCUGUUCAAUGGAUUUGGUUGUUUCACGGGGGCACUGCUGGUGGAGUUGGUAUAUCUCAUCUCAGAAGGCAAUUGGUUUCCAAACGCAUUAGACAAAGGCAAUUUAGAGAGCUUCUUCUUCUUCUUGGCAUCAUUAACGUUGUUGAACAUCCUGGGAUUCUGGAGUAUUUCACAAAGAUAUUGUAAUCUAAAUCAUUUUAAUGCCCGGAACAUCAGUGGAAGUCAUCUUGAAGAAACACUUCUCCUCCAUGAAAAGUCUCUGAAAUUUUAUGGGAGUACACGGGAAUUUUCUUCCAGUAUUGAUCUCUGGGAGACAGCCCUAUGAAACUAUAUUUGAC